CCAACGAGUCAUUAGGAUUCAAUAAUAGUGAAAAAAUGGGAAAACGAUUGGAAAAUGUUGCAGCGAUGGCUUGCAUGACAACUUUGCUGAUGCUCUUCAACUUUGCGUUUUUGUGCUCAGGAAUUUUAAUGCUCUGUAUUGGCAUUUAUAUGAAAUGCCAAUUACGUGAUUAUGUGGAUGCAAGUAUGCAAGGAAGUGGAGCAGCUCUAUUGGCUCUAGCUUGUUUGGGAGCAGUUGUUGUCAUUGCAGCUUCACUUGCCUGUUGCUGUACAGCUCGUGGACAUCCUGCUCUACUUUAUCUGUAUGGAGCUUUCCUCGCAGUAAUCGCUUUACUUGAGUUGGGAGCUGGUGCAUCUAUUUAUUCUUAUCGAAGUGCAUUAACAGAAGGAUUUGAUAAAGGACUUAAUCACAGUCUCGAUGCGUAUCCAGACCCAAAAGCAAGAACUGCCCAUGUCGACUUCAUGCAGAGUCAGUUAGAAUGCUGCGGAAACAAGGCUUACACGGAUUGGUAUAAUAUGAAGCAACCACAAGCCGUGCCACUAUCCUGCUGUAAAGUUCCAAAAGAAGACUGCUUAACUAACGAUCCCAAUAAAAUUUACACCCAGGGUUGUUACAACCGAGUGAUUGAAUCGAUAAACAACAAUGUUGGUCUCGUAGCAGGAUGUGCGAUUGGUGUUGCAUUUUUUCCCCUAGUAGGAGUUUUUCUCGCUUGUUGUCUUGCCAAUAACAUUAACAAAGCAAAAUACGAGCAGGUGGCCUAGCCCCAGUAAUUUUGAAAUUUUUCCAACCGGAAUUGUUUCAACUCAAAUUUAAAUGAACCAUUCCAGAAAUAUUUUAUUUGUAGAACGAAAAAUGUAAUCUUCUUUAAUGGAAAAUGGAUAAAGAAUCUGAUGGAAUCAAGCAAACCCCACAAAAAGGCUUAUCAAUAAAGUGUACUAUAACAAUUAUGUGAGACCAUACAGAAAUACAACAAAUAUAACUGUUAUAAUAGUAUAACUUGCUGAGCUACACGAUUUUCAGCAAACUAAUGUGAUAAUUAUUAUUCCAUAGUACCACAAUUAUACAAUUCUAUAUUUAUUAUAUAAUUAUAACAUAAAUUAAGUUCAUGUGUAUAUAUUAUGUAUCAUAUUGUUUAUGUAAAUUAUGUAAAUUUGAGGUUUGCUGCGGGAUCGAACGAAUUAGUGAAUUGGUUUAAGAAAAUAGUUUUUAUGAAAUGAAAAUUAUAUAUAUAUAUUUUAUUAUUAAUAUUUAAUCUGUUUCUAUAAUAUAUUUAUGUUACGAUCAUAUUUUAUCUACAGCGAGAUAUACAUGAUUGUAUAUUAAAUGUAUAAAUGUCUUUGUCGUCUUCUCUCAUGUGAUCAGUCAAUUAUUUUGUUUUCACCUGUUUAACAUUAAUCGUGUAACGAGGAGAUAAACUUUAUCGCAUAAAUUAAAAAUGUACCUAUUACACAUUUAAGGACAGAUAUUGUACUCAAAAAGUAU